AUGAAGUUCGCUGUGGUAUUUUCCUUGCUUUUUUCAUUUGCUUACAGCACCAAAUUGAGUCUUACUGAUACAAGCCAGGAUAGCAGUACUCAAGUCAAUGUGACAGAGUCAGAGAGAGCAAAUAAGGAGACUGUUAGCAUUGAUGUUCAGCGCGUGGAUGUGGACCGUGACGCAAAUGGCGGCUUCGAAGACGCUAGAAUUCUGAAGGUACUCUUUUUCCAUUUGAUUCGAUCACCAAGAUAUGUUACUAAAAUGUUGUAACAGUCAACGAAAUUAUUUAUUGAAGUACUCUUACUAAGAGCACUGUCGUGAUCGUAGCGUGGAUGAAAGUUAAAAGAAGUUUAGUUUAUUGUACGAAGUGUUCAAUGUAUAUUACACAGAAUGACGUAGCAUUCUCAAAAUAUUCGCGGACUUCGGUAUUAGUGGGGUGUGUGAACUGCGUGCUUCAUUAACUACGUUAUACCUCUUUUAAAAAGAUGUUUUGUCUAGUUAUUUCACUCGAAUUGGCAACGCGAUCGAAUGUUGGUUUAUUUUCCUAAAACAUGGGGAUUGAUGCUCGUUUUACGAACGAACCUGUGUUCGUGCUUGGUUUCACUUUCUUUGCUGUCUCUGGCAACUUUCUCAGCGUAUUCUGGACGAAAUUAAAUAAUAAAGAAAGAGUGCAGUAAGCUGAUCCUAUGUAAGGUUUUUGUUUUUUGGAAUAUUGUCCUAUUCAAGUUCUUGCGUACAUUUUGCUUUUCCGCAGUUGAUUACAGCUGUGAAGCUGUUUUGAAGGCACAUUUAAAACAGUUUUGUUUCUACCCAUAGGAGUCGGAAUUCGAAAAUCGUGCCAACAUUUAACUAAAAUUGUUAUCAUAUGGGUGCUCUUAGUAACUAAACUGGAAAGUUGGGGAACUUUUCACCAGAAUAUGAAAGAGGAAAUUGCUGAUACUUUAUUUUACCAGACUUUGCUAGCGUCAAUACAACCCACAGACAGCAGUAAGAAUUUCCGUAUCUGUUAUCUAUUUCAGCUUAGAAAAGCUUGGAUAGGUUUGAUAUGGUGGCAGUCAUGAUAAAAAAUGAGUGUCAUUUAUUGGUAAGCCACAAAAAUAAUAAUAAUUAUUCAAACAGCUGCAGUUUAGUGUUGGUCUAUAAAAAAAUGCAUGCAUUUUUACUAUUUCCUGCUCUUUUGUUGGAUGGGUAUUUGGCUUAUUAUAUCUCUUAGAAGACUCUGGACAGUGAAUAUAGAUGUGGUGUUUUGUAUACUCAGCGACGUUAUUUUGUCGGUGUUGUUAUGGACUUUGAGAUGGAAAAAAAAGCAACGUUGUUUGAACUUCCCUAGAAACUGAAAGUAAACCAGGAACAGUAGAAUUUGAUGUUCAUGAGCCACGGGGUCUCAAAAGAGAGGUCAAAAGGAACUGGUUUUUAAAAAAGCAUAUUUUUUAGACAAAGGUUUCUUGUUCUAGUUGACAUUGGUGGCUACUUUAUUGGCCAAAACCCCUCUGGGAUGACCACAUACAUAAGCAGUCAAAAAACACCACCAGGAAGUUUGAGGUUGCCUUAAACAGCAUGCAAAGAAAGUCGUGUCCGAUAGCCUGGGGCUAGUGGAUUUUGCUAUCGGGCUAGUGAUUUUUGUUCUUAACUUGCCCGACAGACAAGUGCUGUUUUUUGGGUAAAUUUAAAUCACAGAAGGAUUGUAAUCAAAAAGGGUUUUGGGGCUAGUUGAAAUGACUUGUGGGCUAGUACAUGCUAGCUACAGCUUGCCCGAUUGGCAGGCUGGAAAACUGACUUUUUUUGCACCCUGACUUAAAUAUAAACAGUAAUAUGAAAUCCCCAUUAACAGUUACACAAAAAAUUAAGUCACUGAAUGAUAAAUUAGAUGUUUGCUUGAACAGUGUUUGACGUUAGCUUGUCCAAUUAAUUUACUGCAGUCAAUUGACUUGGCAGUGGAGUGUUAUCUGUUUUGAAAAUUACUGAGGUGUAAACUUUAUUCAGAGGUGGUUGAAACUUGCAAGAACAUGUUAACCUUAUGGUUACACUGUAUGCACAUAUGUUACAGGUCAAAAUUAAAUUCCAGUUAAAUUUUUGUAACCUUGGUAGUUUUCCAAUUUCCUUUGUCUCUUAGCCCUAAUCCAUGAAUAUUAAAGGCCUAGGAGGAAAAGGAAAUCAAGAAUCAACCUAGGUUGAAAAAUUUUUCCCUGGAUUUAUUUUUGACCUGCAGAAUGCAAAGAAAAUAAUUUUUACAGCUUGCCUUUCUGGCAAGCUGAAGCUAGCAUUUACCAUUGACUAGCCCUGUUGUCAUUUCAACUAGCCCCAAAAGCUCUUUGACAAGCAGAAUUGAUUUCACAGUUCUUCUGUUAUUCAAAUUCCUCAAAAAACAUCACUUGCCCAUCUGGCAAGUUAAAAACAGAAUUCACCGCCCAAUAGCAAAAUCCACUAACCCCAGGCUAUCGGACACUACUCUCAUUGCAUGCUGACCUGUAAAACAUAUACGAUCUUUGUGAAUAAUGUGUGUAAUUUUAGGUUAAACCAACUUUAUUUGGGCUCAAUUUUAUCCUUUGUUAAAAUUUUACUUUCCUUUGUGUCAAAGUCAUGAACAUGCAAGUUUUUAUACAGUCUGAAAUGGAUAUUCACUCAUCCUAACUUUCUUGAAAAUGUAGAUGACAUGUGUAACUAAAUUCUGGCUUAUGGUUAAAACACAAACUAAUGUUCACCUUAAGGAAGAUAUUAUUAAAAAUAGAACACUUAAAACCUUCAGUACAUCUGUCAGAUGGAUUAUAAUCUGCCAGGCAGGUAAAAAGCAGAUUGACUGUUAAUGCCAUUAUAAUAAUUUGAUCUGAAGAGUUCAGUUCAGGGCUUCCGUAUGAAAAUAAAAUUUCUGAAAGAUGUUUAGAAAGAUGUUUAUAUUAAAGCAAGUUUUGACCAUGAAACAUUGUUUGUUGGUAGUUUGUUUUACAGUUGUAGCACAAAAUGAUGUGUCAUUUUUCCAUCAGAAAUGAAGUCUAGUAAGACUCAAGAUAACAGAAAGAAAACAAUAUGUAUGAACAAAAGGAGGAAGGAAAAGCUAAAAAUACUUUGUACCUGGUAAAGGUCAAGCUGUAGGGAAAACAGUUAGGAAAUACUAUUCCAUUAAGCUUUGAUUAGAAUGAAACUUACCAAUUAAUAGUGAAAAAGAAUGAAACUUUCUAAAUAGUGAAAAGUUUUAAGACAAGUUAUUAUUAACCACAAUGCUAUUUAAAAAUCCUCUUUCACUGGAGAGUUUUGUUAUUUGUCAAGUGCCAGUAUUUAUUAACAGCUGUAAGUAAAUGACGGCCAUAAUGCAAGAUCAUUUCAAGUUUCGUGACAUGAUAUUCAUCCUGCUAUUAAAACGGCUACCUGCAUGAGCAAAUAAUAAUAUUUGAUGCAUGGCCAGGUACUACAAUUUUGUGUUUAAAACAAGUUCAUUGUUCUAAAAAUUAUUUUGACAUUUUCCCACAAAAACAACUUCCUCUUAUGACAUUUGGUUUGUGUUUCAAUACUGAUUGGUGUCUAUGUUCUCCUUUCAAUACUGAAUUCCAAAGUAUGAGAUAAUUUAUAAGAAGCUUGAGAGAGUUCUGUGGCCUUGAGCUUACUCUUACUCAACUAGUUGCAGAAGCAUUGAAUUUCCUGCUUCUAAUGGUAUACUCUGUCCAGUCAGAAGCAGGUAUUUUCAACUUGUCCUGAGAUUUUGCCGAAAGACGCAUUUUGAAGCUAGUCGAGUGGUUUUCUGGUCAAUAUUGUGCUAUUAAGAGCUAAAACUUGACACAAAGCCGUUUACAGGUCGUACACUUCGCGGCCUUCUGAUCCAGACGCAAAAUAUCAGCUUGUGAAGUUCAGGCAUGCGCGGAAAGCAAAAUUUUGAGAUAGUUUUUGGGUUUAAAAGUGACACAGCAGUCUUGCCUUUUACUUUUCGCUUUCUCUCCUCCCCUCUUUUUUGUUUUUCUUGCCUCAGUUUUUUUGUCUUUUGCUGGGCAUUUACUAUGCUUCAUUUUGGUGGGAAAAGUUUUUAGGAAAGCUUUUUGGAUCCUAGUAUUACGGUAGAUGAAAGGAAAGGUAUAGUGGAACAAGAUUUUCAUGGCAAGGGGUUAAUAAACCAACAAUUUUGCCAUUUUUUAUUGCAAUGAAAAGUUACAGAACAGUAUAACAUUGUUUGGAAAUAUGACUAAAAAGAAGUUGGAUGAUGAAACCGACAUGCCUUAAAACAAAAGAGGUAUUAAGAAACAAUAAGCCCCCAAUAGUUUUGUUUACUAUACAUUAAAGUAACAAUCCACAAAAUUCAAGGUCAAUCGAACAAAUCACUUUGAGUUUUAACUUUUGAAAGCUGAAUCAGAUGCAUGAACUUAAAAAUCACAAAAAAUUGACAGCAUGAGAUUUUAAAAAAUGUUACUUUGUUCAUGAAGAUGGCCACUUCAAUUAUAUGGAUAUGGAUUUUAGCUAUCUGCUGUUAAACUGCACUACACGACUUGCAAGACACUCCUGAAUGUACAGUGUGUAUCUGGUAACCUUAAGUUGGCCAUAGUUUUCUUAUACCGUAUUUCCUUGAAUAAGCUGCUGGGCGCUUAUUUAAAAUUUCAGCUAAAAUGAUGGGUGCUUAUUGGAACAAGGUCACUUAAUCAGGGGGCGAGCGCUUAUUAAGUUCUCCUGUUGUUAAUAAAGCUUACCUUAGGCCCAUUACACAGUUUACACACAGAGUCAUCACAGUGCUCCAAGCUGCGACCAUUUUGGUCGUCAUGGCGAGUAGAAAAAAAUUUUGACAACUAAAAUUGUCGUGAAAGUCACCAAUUUGGCGACCUGUGUCGAGCAAUCUCAUGCCAAGAUAUUCCCAAGAAAUUCCCAAGAUUUUGUGAGAUGCGUUUUCAUUUAUGCUUUGUUUUCUUGAUAAUUUGCCUAAUUUCACCCUGGUUCUCCGGGUAUUAAGCCUUGAGAUGUUGCGUACACCUCCAAACUUUAUUGCAAUGGUUGGGCAGUCAUUUUGAUUCUGUGAAACUUUCGUGUAGUCUUAAAUGAAGUGUCCCUUUUUUCUGGCAACCAAAACUUUUUGUCUGGCGACCAUGUUGUAAUUUUGGAUCCCUGGAAGGCAACUUUGAAAAGAGUUAAGCCUGGAGCAUUGCAUCAAUAAAGUGGCAAUAGAAACAGGUUUUCCUUGUAUCCCUAUCAAGAAAGUGAAGGAGGAGGGGGGUGGGCAGUUAUUCAGGGGAGGGCACUUAUUAAAGCAUUUAUUACAUUUAAUAAUUAAUAAUAUCUACUAAUGCACAAGUGUUACCGGUACUUUGUUUUAACAGGUAAACAUCAGAGUGAGUGUUAUUGAUGGUGUGGUUCAUAUCAACAACUCCAAAGCUAUUCAUAAAGCUGUUACCACCUUCCACUUCUAUGCAGAAAUUGGUAAGACAAAAUAAUAUUGCACACAAAAAGAUCAAUUGGUAUAAUUCAAUAGAGAGGAGAAGUGUAACGUCAUGUUACCAUGGUAGCAAAAUUUCUGGAUCGUACAUGUAACAAUAUUUCUUGAUGGCAAAUUGCAUUUGUGAAUGAUAGAAGAAAAGAAUGGGCUACAAUUUUGUUCCUGAGUGCAACCAUUUGUGCCAGACCAUAGUUAGUUGAGAUCCAGAAAUUUUGCUACCAUGGCAAUGUGAUGUAGUGACUUCUCCUGUCUUUGACUCUCCUGUAAACAAUCAUCUCUGGAUAAGCAAGUUUGGUGAUUUUCGAGACGGUACACUACAGUAUAAAUAGUCUACUUGUUCACCUUCUGCCCAUUGCAAUUCUUAACCUUUUAUUGCUAAAACUAGUAAUAACUGAAGGUUAUGAAGUGCGGGUGACGACGAUUGAAGGUCCAACGCAGUCAAAUGCUUUUUCUCCAACACUGUACUUUUACAUAAGUUUCACUUGACAGAUGGUUGAAACAUGUGUGAUCAGAUUAUGUGGGGUAGAAGGUCGAAAUGCACGUGAUCAAAUUGCGUUAUGUGCAUUCCAUACAUUCUUAGUACAAGUCCAAACGAAUGCUGGCUACAUACAUGCCAGGCAUGCGUAAUAACAACCUGGAGAUUAGGAUUGCGGGCUCCUCUUGUCGCCCACAAAAAGCCGGUCAAUGGACAAUGUCUGGCCAAGAUGACCAUUUGUCCAGGCGAAUUUUUGGUUUGCCAGUCAUUUUGACUGGACAGGUUCCCUGUAAAUGGAAUGGAAUGAUGUUAUUCAAGUUGUACGUUUUAAGUACACUUUUUCUUCAGGAGGAAUUAUAUUUUCGCUUGUUAGCUAUUACGUCUAAAGCUCCUGGUUUAAAUGAUUAUUGCAUUACUUUUAAUACCCCUGUAUUUUGUUUUUUAUUCAAGUUGUACGUUUUAAGUACACUUUUUCUUCAGGAGGAAUUAUAUUUUCGCUUGUUAGCUAUUACGUCUAAAGCUCCUGGUUUAAAUGAUUAUUGCAUUACUUUUAAUACCCCUGUAUUUUGUUUUGUUCACAGACUUAGUCUUAGAGUGACAGAUUAUCUCCUUAUAUUUUAGUCAGAGCCCACUGUAAUUGGCCACAGCUGUUGUGGUGUCCCUGCCAACAUUCUUUCUGUUUGUUUUGUUUCUUUUUUGGCGAAGAAAAUAAAAUAGAAUAAAAUAAUUUAUUAUUAUUAACCAAGAGUUAACUUUAUGGUUGUUUGACAUUUCUGCAGAUGAGAUCGGCAAGAAUAGGGAAGUGUUGCAGCACAUGACAAGGGUUCCUAUUGUGAUCAGGGUCUUGGUCACUGAAUCUGAAGUCCCUGCUAAUGAUGGAGGAGUCCUCAAAGUGCUGACGGUUGAGGAGGAGAUUACUCAGGUGAACCGCAAGGCCGUUCAACAGAUCAAAGUGACGCAGUUUGUGAUGAAACUGGAUUCUGCCAACAAUGAGAUCCUUGCUAAGCGUGAAGUUACAAUAAUUGAGUUGAAAGAUUCAGAGAUACAUAAGCGGCCAAAAGAAAGCGACAAACAUCAAUAUCCCCACGGUAUUUAACACUUAACAUUUCUUUUACACCAUCUUCUCAAAAAUAGCUUAACCCCUUAUGUCCCAAGAGUGACCAACACCUAUUUUCUCCCAACAAUAUCAAAAAAAAUAAUUAAGAGAAAAGGUUAUGAGAAGUAACAAAAUGAUCACCAAAGAAAAAAUGCUUUGAUCUUUGCCUCAACUAGUUCUUUAAGGCAAUGUAUGGAGACGAGUGUGGAGAAUUUGUAACCGAAUAUUAAGGCUUAAAUUAAUGGUUGAGUUUUUUUUAUGUAACCUGCACUUCAGAUGUAAUUCAAUGCCAAUACAAUGUCUGCAAUGUAUUCAGGGUUGUCAGAAAGUUUCGAAGUAGACGGCUGAGUAGUCCAGGGAUAUAUUUUUUAAAAAACGGCAUCUGUAAAGAAAUGCCAAGCAGAGUAGCUGGCCGAAACUAACCAAGUAGGCAACGAUUUUCGCCGGCAGGCGGCUACUUUUGACAACCCUAUGUAUUGCAUUAAAGAUGCCAAAGGAAGUAACAAUAGUGGAGGGGAUUCUCAGAAUAACUGCAUGAAAUGGCUCUUUUUAAAAAUUUGACCAUGGUAACUGGCAAGGGUUGACAGGAAAGUUAGUGCAAUUCCCAAGACAUUUUUUGACACCUAAGAAACACAAGUAUUUAAUCAGAGUGGAGAUCUUCUUGUAUCAGUGAACCCUUGAAGUGGCCAGUGUUCUUCUCUAUGACCCCCUUGGUAUGUUUAGGAAGAGUACCAUGAACAAAGUUUCCAUUUCAAAUUAUACAUUUAACUUUGUUCCUGUUGUUUCAACAAGUUUUGUUUCUUUGUGUAUGACACAUUUAUUUCCUUCUUUUUAACAUGUUACUCUCUCUUUUGGAUUAAUCUCCUUUUAUUAAGUCAUUUUCCCUUAAAUUCAUGUCAGUCUAAGUCACGUGAAUUUCCAAUACCUUAACUUCAUGGAGCGUUAAUUCCUUACAAUAAGGUAAUUGUGUGUUAUUUACAUACAUGUAGCUAUCAUCAUCCCAAUGAUCAAGCAGAAUUGUACACUGUGCAACAUGCAGCUCAUAUUACUCUUGUUACUCUUUAGGUCGACUUCCAGACGAGCCCUACAAACAGCCCAAGCUUCCUGAACAUCCUUACAAAUUUGAUGAGGUAAAGUUCAUAAUACAUUAAACAGUGUGCAGUAUCAGACAUCAGUUACUGGACAUUCUUGGUCAUUCUAAGUUGGACCCCUCAAUAAACCAACUUAAGGCUUAACCAUUGUCUGCUUGUUUGUUUUUUAACAAAUAUACUUUUAAAAUCAAUAAGGGAGAAGGGGAGAGAAAAGAGUCUCUUUUUAUAACUAUAAAAGUAGGUAGAAGUGCUUAAUACAAUGUAAGUUCUCCUGCAGUUUGUGACCUUUUGCCUUGCAUUUGUUUUCUCUCGUUCAGACCAAGAAAGGAUUCUGCUCAAAGUUCUACAAACUCCCAUUUGCUGCCCGUGUUGCAGUGUUUGCACUGGUUGCUGUGAUUGGUAUUGCCACUUUCAGCUGUUGCUUGUGGGUCUUCUGUUGCAAACCUCCAGCUCAGGGCAAGAAGAUUGACUUGAAAGAUUUCGAGGACAAAUUUUCGUAUGAUGGAGAGUUUGAAGCACCAGCUCUAGAGCAGAAGUUGCCGAUCGAGAAGCAGAAACUGGUCAUCGAUGCAUGA